AUGACACGGCUGGACUCCUCUGCUGCACGUGGUACUGAAAACUCCUGGAUGGAUGAACCGAGGGGCAGAGACAGGUCUCGCCACACAUCAGAGUCCAGAGGAAACAGGGAACAAGAGAGCGGCUAUUUCUCCCCAGACAGAAGAGGUAACGGUGAGCGUCCGAUGGAGGAGGUCAACAAGCGGCAGUAUCGAUACUAUGAGAGGGGGCAUCCUCUUCCGAGCAACUACGUCCCUGAGCCCAAAGCCUGUGUUCCCUACAGGAAUAUCAACCUGGGAUUGCCCUCAGAGAGAAGAAGUGCAGAAACGUACAUGCAAGACUCUUGGAGGAGCGAAUCUCCACAGAGAUACACGUACCACUCCAACUUCAGACGAGGAGCCGACUCUCAGACUAACUCUCCGACACGCCAGAGCUCUGUGAGCCCAGACCGCCACAAGCUGAACGACACUUCCAAGGGACAAAGGAGAGGGAGUUCUCUGUCUAGAAAUCAGCCGCAUUCCUUGUCUCACAGCUCCUCUCAGCUUCUGUCGCACGGCGCCUCUCGCCAUACAUCAGGCAGGUCCAGUCCAUCUCACAGGAGAGGCUCCAUUGCUUCUCGCACUGCCUCGCCCUCUCGAGCGACGCCUUCUCACAGGCGCCCAGACUCUUUACUUUUACAGAAUGGGGAAAUUAAUGCUUCGAAGGGGUGCAGCCGAGAGUCGAGGAGUCCAUCGCAAAUGUCAAACAAGCACAGUCUGGACUCUGAGAGACUCUACAGGAACCUUGAGUCGAUCUCUCGCCGUGGCUCUUCGGCCAUUCAGCAAAACUCGCGCGAAGGAUCCCAAGCCUCGCCACGAAACAGAACAGCUGUGAACAGCUUGGCCAACACUCGAACUCGCAACAGCAGAGAAGUAUCCCCCUCUAGGAAUGGCUACAGUACUCAAAGCCACACGCCACAAAGGGAGAUCCAGUCCAGAGAGAGCAGACUGACCCCUUCUCAAGGUUCCUGGCAGGGGUCUUCUCACUCUUUACUCAGCCUCCCACCCUCACAUGGAUCCUCCUCGCCGAGGCGGGGUGUUGACUUCCAGCCCCUCGGUGCUUCACUGUCACAUGUUCCAAUGGCAGAAACUGACAAAGUGAAUGCUAAAGUCAGCAGUGACAGAAGCAACAGCAACAUGCGGCGAGGCAUGGAUGCCCUGCUCAUCUCUGAGCCAAAGAAAAGUGCAGCUGAAGUGGAAGAGAUGGGGAUGACCAUGGAGGAUUACAUAUUGUUGGCUGAUAUUCCAAAGAUCCAGCUGGAGUCAGAGGAAGAGGUUUCAGGCCUGAGAUGGAGGAACCAGAGUCCCAGUCCCUGCAGAGACCAAAGAGUCAGGACGCCCAGGUAUCAAGACAAAGCUGACACUCACAGUUCAAGGUUUGAGCCUGAUGAGAGAGGGAGAGGCAGAGAAAGAGGAAGAGACCGGAGAGAAAAAUGCAGAGACUUUGAGAAUGGAUGGUCGUCUCGAAGACAUUCUGCAGCAUCUCUUCACACGCAGUCUUCAGACAACCAGAGUGGGAAACACAAAUCUUCCAGAGUGAAGGAGAGAGCUCCUGUUGAACACCCGCAGACGCAGGGUUGGAUGUCCAGACUGGAUGAGAGUGGAAAGUGGAAGAAACACUGGUUUGUUCUCGGUGGCACUUCACUGAGGUACUACAGAGACUCAGAGGCCGAGGAGUCUGACGAUCUGGACGGAGAGAUCGAGCUGACCUCCUGUGUGAAUGUGUCAGACUGUGACGUAGAGAGGAACUAUGGACUCCAACUACAAACAAAAAGAGCAGUGUUCACUUUCUCUGCGAUGACGUCUAGAAUUCGUCGGAACUGGGUGAAGUUACUAAAGCAGGCGAUCCAAAACAACACGCACCAAUCGGACACCGGCAGCGAGAAAGAGAAGCCCCUCUCCCGGCCUGCGUCGUCAUGCCAACCCCCUGCUCGGUUCACCUGCGACGACUCUGGCUAUGAACCUGCCACUUCCACCGCCGCCAACGCCACAGCUGCAGACUCCCAUCAGGCCGACCGCCACUCGGUAGACGGAGGCGCGAGCGCAGACGUGUCUCCGGCCAGUCAGAGGGAGGAAGGGGAGGGCUGGGACCGCGAGCAAGCCAAGCGGCUGGAGGAGCGGAACAAGUGGUUUGAGGAGGGCGUCCCCUUCAGUGAGAUGGGCAGCAGGUGGGACUCCAUGGAGCUGAAAAAGGGGAGUGUGCCCGUCCCCGUUAUUGAUACCAUGGACUCCGAGGUCAGCCGGAAGUGGGUCGAAUUUGAGACGAUGUCUUUCAGGGACAUGAGUGCACAGACGCUCAUUGGCGCACAGGCCCGGCAGUCAAGCACCCAGCAGGUAUCAGAGCCUCCCGUCAGUCCCCAGACUUAUAACUCAAUCCCUGAAGAGGCGGUACAGUCUGCCGCCGCCUCACAAGCUGACAUAUCAGGCUCAAAGGAAACCCCUCCACGUACAGAUGUUGCCCAAAAUAUUCAAACUAAUACAGCAGAAGCUCUUCAGAGGGAGGCUGUUUCUCUCCGCGAGCAGGUGGAGAGCAUCAAAAGGGAGCGUGCAGCCAUGGGGAUCGAUGUGGAGAGCCCAUGUGGACCAGGGGCCCCCUGCAGGGCCAAACUGGAAGCCAUGGAAGCUGCCCACAUGAAAGCACUGCAGGAGCUACAAGAGAAGCAUGCCAAAGAGCUGAAGGAGCUGGAGGAGGAGAAGAACAGGAUGCUGCUGGAGGAGAGUCAGGCUGCUGCCAGAGCGAUGGAGGCGCUGAGAGCAGCUCACAGAGAGGAGCUGGAGAAGAGCAGGAGGUUAGCUGGUGGAGAAGCACACGUGGAUUCAUCAUACAGGGGACACAUGCCCCAGGCGGACGUCUUACACAGCGAGUUAGAUGUGCUGUCGGAUCGUUACUCUCAGAAGUGCCUGGAGCUGAGCCGGACCGAGCACAGCACCAGGACUCGAGACGCCGAGCUCAGCCGCAAGGACAGAGAGCUGGAGCAGCUUCGGAGAGAAAACCAGGAGCUCAAGGUCAAACUGGCAGAAGAGAUCAGUCGGAUGCGCUAUUUCAUCACGGGUCAGAGGUCAGAUGUGGUAUCCGUUGGCAACAAAGAGCGCGCUGCAUCAGAAGUGGAGACGUUACUUAGGGCAAAAGAAAACGAGGUGCAGUAUCUGAAGAAAGAGAUCAGCUGUCUGCAAGAUGAAGUGCAGUCUCUCACCAAGGAGAAAGAAGCAGCAUACGAGCGUUAUAAGGAGGCCUACGUGGAACUGAGCAACACGAGGGGCCGGGGCCAGUUGGAGAUGGGCUCGCUCAAUGAACACCUGCGACUGGCAAACGCUGCACUUCAGGAGGGAUCCAGGCAGACCUGAAACCAUGAGAAAUCUUCACGCCAAACCAAGAUGAAACAUGUACAAAGAGAGGGGUUUCGCAGGCUGAGAGUGUCCUGAAAGAGUCAGAAUAAGAUAUAUAACAACUAUUAAGAA